UUGUAGAUCGCCGCGCAGGACGACAGAUGGCAGAAAUGUUUCGGGUAACGCUGCACGUGUUACGUUGUCACGGUUUAACGAAACUCAUUAUUCCAUCGCGGUUCGUAGCAAGUGGCAGACCGGUGUUUAGGAAGCUCGCUGUUUUCACGAAACUUUGCCGAGACAUGUCGUAUACGACCGUCGAGAGAGGUGCACUCAACGGCACGGACUACAGAAUAUUUUUCAAAAAUGAUCAGGGUGUCCCAAUCUCGCCCAUGCAUGAUGUUCCUCUCUUUGCCAACGAAGACAACAAGACAUUACAUAUGAUUGUUGAAAUACCAAGAUGGACAAAUGCUAAAAUGGAAAUUUGUCUUAAAGAGAGUUUAAAUCCCAUUAAACAGGAUGUUAAGAAGGAUAAAUUGAGAUUUGUCGCUAAUUGUUUCCCUCAUCAUGGCUACAUAUGGAAUUAUGGAGCUUUGCCCCAGACUUGGGAAAAUCCUGACGUUUUGGAUGAAGCAACAGGCUGCAAAGGUGACAAUGAUCCUAUUGAUGUUCUUGAAAUAGGCUAUAGGAUUGCAAAACGAGGCGAGAUAUUAAAAGUAAAAGUUCUUGGAACAGUGGCACUUAUUGAUGAAGGCGAAACUGAUUGGAAGAUUAUUGUAAUUGAUGUUAAUGAUCCUUUGGCUGAUCAAAUGAAUGAUAUAAGUGACAUUGAGAAGCAUUAUCCAGGUUUAAUGAAAGCUACAAUUGAAUGGUUUAAGAUAUAUAAAAUUCCGGAUGGAAAACCAGAAAAUCAAUUUGCAUUUAAUGGUGAAGCAAAACCACGAGAAUUUGCCCUACAUAUCAUUGAUGAAGUACAUCAACAUUGGCAAACUUUAAUCAAACAGGAAGGUUCAUCUAAUGAAAUAGAAUGUUCUAAUGUAACAGUGGAGGGAAGUCCUUUCAAGAUUACCACAGAAGUUGCACAAAAAAUUUUAGACAAAGCACCUGAAUCAGUGGAACCUCAAUGUGUAGAACCGAUAGUCGAUAAAUGGCAUUAUGUACAUCUUAAAUGAAGAUGAGAUGGAUAUCUUCGUUCUAUCAACUAGCGAAGUCGGCUACUCCGUUUAUUCAUAUUCAACAUGGAAUUCCUUCUCAUUUGUCAUUUUGCUAUUUUUGCAUCAAUAUGUCAUUUUUUUCAUUUCAUUUAAAUAAUUAUAAAUAGCAUUUAAAUAUUUGGAUAUAUAUGCGGUGCUACUAUUUUGUUAGUUUUUAACUCCUAAUAUAUAUACAUGAAAUAUGUAAAAUGUUUAUACAAGCACUUUUUUUCGGAUGUGUUCCGCAUAUAUAUCGUUAUGAUAUUACAUCCAUAGCGGUUCGACUAUGAAAGAAAUAUAAUCUCAUUAUGGGUUGUGAUUGAUGUAGCUGUACAAUUUUGAGAGGGUUUCUUAGAUUAAAAGGCACGUUAGUUCUCUUCAAUAUUUUUCCAAAUACAGAGAUAAACAAUAAACAAACUGA